UCCCUCCCUAGGAGAUAGUACCUGAGUUUUCGCGAGGCUCCAUUUGAUGGCCAGGGCUUCCUUCUCAACGGUUGAAUAGUUUUGCUCGUUGGGAAGGAGCUUCCUGCUGAUGAAGGUUAUGGGGUGGAUCUGGGACAAGACCCCCCCCCGAGUCACACCUCCGAGGCGUCCGUGUGAACUGUCCCGGGUGUCACUGUCAGAGUGAAAUCAGGUGUUAUCAGUACCGGCUUUCAACACAGGGCCUCGCGAAGAGUCCCGAAAGCCCGGUUAGCUGCCUCCGACCAGGUGACUCGGUCCGGCAGGGCCUUUCGGGGCAGGUCAUUCAUGGGGCUGGCCAGCGUAGCGAACCCGGGUAUGAAGCUCUGGUAGUAGCCUACCAGACCCAAGAACGCCUUCACCUGUUUCUUGGUGCAGGGUUGAGGCCAGUCCCGUAUGGAGGCUACCUUACUGACCUGUGGCCGUACGGUUCCCCUCCCUACCUGGUACCCCAGGUACGUCGUCUCCUCCCGCCCGCGACGACAUUUGGCCGGGUUGGCGGUGAGGCCCGCCUUUCGCAGCUCCCCCAGCACGGCCCUUAGCUGGCGGACGUGGACAUCCCAGCUCGGGCUGUAGAUGAUAAUAUCAUCAAUGUAGGCCGCCGCGUAGGCCUGGUGGGGCCUAAGGAGCUGGUCCAUCAUCCGUUGGAAGGUUGCCGGGGCGCCAUGUACUCCGAAGGGGAGGACGGUGUACUGAUACAGCCCCCCGGGGGUGGAGAACGCUGUCCUCUCUCGGUAACCACGCUGCCGGUGUCCAGGAGGGCCUGCGUGUCUCGGGAUGGUCGGACUUCCGGACGUCCCCUGCGUCCAACAGGUCGCCAGCAUACAGGUUCGGCCCGCCCCCUGGCCCGCGUAGGCCGAUGGCAUCGACACGUCCCGGUCUCCACACGUAGGCCGAUGGCAUCGCGUAGGCCGAUGGCAUCGACACGUCCCGGUCUCCACAUCGCUCGCAGUAGCGAGCGAUGUGGCCGGGCUGGCCGCACUCGUAGCAGCGCCACCCCUCUCGAGUCUCCGGCAAUCCGCUCGGCGGGUUGAGGGCGGGAGCCGGGGCCCCCCGGUCUCGUGUCCCCUUGGGUUUCGGCGGGUCUCGACGCGUCGGGGGGUGGAGACGGGUCUGGCGCUCAGGUGCUGAGCCACCUGCCAGUUCUCGAGCUGCCGUACCAGGUCAUCCACGGUGUCGGGAUGGUGGUGGGCCAGCACGCGUCGGGCGUCCGGCGGGAGCCGCCGCAGGGUGGUGUCGAUGAUUGGGCUGGGUCCCUCUCCCGACGUCAGCCACCGUUUCACCAGCCGGCGGUUUUGGGCGAUCUGUGUCCGUACAGCUCCCCGAACAUCGAACCGCCAGUCAUGGACGCGUUGCGCGCAGCCUCCGCCGGCAGGUCCUGGCUCGCCUGCUGGGCGACAACGUCGAGGUACGCCUCCACGUCGUCGUCGGGUCCCAGUUUGGUGAGCCGGCUGGUCGGGGCGGCGGUCGGCGCGGUGCGGACGGCGUGCUGGGUGAGCUGCAGCACGGCCUCGCGGAGCAGGGCGAUGCUCUCGGAGGUCUCCCGCUGCUGUUGCUGGGCGGCCGACGCCGCGGUUCCGUCCGGAUUCUGCAUGGCGUGAUGUUGGCGCAGAGGGGGAGAGCAUUUGCCUGCAUUCUCCACCCUAUGUGGUGACCCGCUCCUCGAAUGAGCCGGGUUCCAGGUACAAAUCACGAGAAAGCGAUGGGUUAAGCCGAACUUGGCGUUUAUUUAGCUUGAGUCACAGGAUGCGUUCUCGCUCUAGGGUCUCCGUGAGCCUCUAGUCCUCGGGUGGGUUGCGUAAGCCCGACGUGUCCCUGCUCCCGCUCCGUGGUCCCUUUUAAGCCGGUUCCGGGUCUUCCUCCUCCCAGCCGCCGGGUGUCCCCCAUCUCGCUGAUUGGGGGGAAAGACAGGGUUCUCCCUGUCGCCGGCUGGUGGGUUGCGGUGGUAUACCCCGUUCACCACUGUUCCUCGGACCCGCCCGGGCCGAGGUUUCAGGGGCGGGAUGCCACAGUUCAAACACAGGAGUGGCAUUUUGCAAUCAGGUUGCAGUGUGCCUUGCAAACGUAUGCAUCACAUUUGAAACAUGCAAGACUUGUCUCAUUGUCUCUAGGGGCACAGAGCUCGCAUCUCUUCCAUUUCUGCCCCUGUUUUGGGGGGAGAGCGGCCAGGGCAGUGGCUGGGGCUUGCAGACUCCUCACCAGACUGCCAUAGGCUGGUGUGCGGGGAAGGUGCUGGCGCAGUUGAAUUAGAGGAGUCACUAAAGCUUUCCCAAGCUCUGCCAGGAAGAGUCUCCUCUUGAAACAUUUCCCCUGAUUCCAGACUGGGUCAAUCGCUGACCACACCACAUAUGCAUUACAUGCAGACACAUCAUGGAUGUUGUGGAACACUGCCACAGGCCAACGAGCUGUGAUUCACUUGCAGGUGUAUGUACCAGUAAGCUACAAUGAAAGAAACAAUGACUAGAUAUGAAAUAAUAUUGAAUCUGUCUUACACAAAAUGUGUUGCAUGAAUACAAGUAAAUCAAAUGCAUGACAGAUGAAAAUAUACAUUACCUUAUCAAGGCAGUCAACGCCUCCUUUGUUUCUGUUGUAGUCCAGGAUGAUCUGGGGUUUCCUAUGCUCUGCUUUGCUGACAGCGGCGUAUUUGUGUCGAGCGCUCAUCAGGAUGACAUUCUUAUUUUUCUUGGGCAAAUAUGACACAAGACUGUGUGUCAGUGAAAGCAAAUUUGGAUUAUAGUGCAUUUCUCCCUCUGGUCGAAACCAGUGCAGGGGGAAGUUGAGGCUUGUUCUUCCUCACUAUCCCCACCAUGGUGAACUUUCUUUUCAGCAGCUCCUGACCAAGCCCAUGUGAUGUGAAAAAGUUAUCGCAUGUGAUUUUAUGCCCCUUGAGACCGGCUGUCAUGUCCAACACAACACGCAUGCCUUGUUUUUUUUCUGGCCUUCCAGUAACAGGUUUCCCUGUGUAAACCUGCAUAUUCCAGGCGUAGCGGCUCCUGGCAUCACAUGCUGCCCAGAUCUUGAUCCCAUACUUGCCUGGUUUGCUUGGGAUGUACUGUUUGAAUGGACAGCAACCUCUGAAAGGGACCAGGCGCUCGUCCACUGUCACCUCAGGGCCUGGAUUGUACAUUAGUGGUAGGCGCUCCACCCACCUGUCCCAAACGUUCCUGAUGGCAGCCAGUUUGUCGUCUCUCCAGCGGAAAGAUCGUGUAGCUCUGUCAUCAAAUCUGAUAAAUCUUGAGAGGAUAUGAAACUUCUGCAUGGACAUAGUUCACCGGAAUAUAGGCCUCCCUGACUGCAUCCCACAGACUUUUUCUAGCCUCAUUGUUGGACCGAUGUACUCCUGCUAGAAUCAACAGACACUUGGGGGUCUACCUGGUCCAAUGUCUUCCAUGUGUCCGCAAACACACGCCCCCUUUCCAGAUCAAGUUACCAUCCUUGGACUGGAAUUCCACCUCAGGAGUAUAAAGAGCCGGAACAGAGAUGUUGAGUCAGAAGGACCCACCAGUGGACCGGGGGCAGGCCACAGCCAUCAUAGUCUUCAUCUUGGGUCUUGGCUCUUUGCUGCCAUGGAACUUCUUUGUGACAGCGUCUCUGUACUUCAACGAGUGCCUGAACGUGACGCAGAACAGCACCCAGGGGGGCCAACCUGAGGACUACAGCUUCAACAGCUGGAUGACCUUCCUGUCCAUGCUGCCCCUGCUGCUCUUCACCCUGCUCAACUCCUUCCUGUACCAAUGGGUGCGAGAGCGGAUUCGCGUGGUGGUCAGCAUGGUCGCCAUCCUGCUGCUCUUCUCCCUCACGGCGGCUCUGGUCAGGGUCCAAAUGGACCCGGACACCUUCUUCUCAAUCACCAUGGGAACCAUUUGGUUCAUCAAUGCGUUCAGCGCAGUGCUCCAGGGCAGUCUGUUCGGGCUGGUGGGGCUGCUGCCCCCCCGCUACAGCACGCUGUUCAUGAGCGGCCAGGGGCUGGCCGGGAUCUUCGCCGCUCUCGCUAUGCUGUUCUCUGUUCUGGGUAAUGCAGACAUCAGAACUGCUGCCCUGGGGUACUUCAUCACCCCGUGCGUGGCCAUGUCAGCCGUCCUGGCCUGCUACACCCUGCUGUCCCACCUGGAAUUUGCUCGUUUUUAUCUGAAUCGAGAUGAGACGGUUAAUCAGCCGUUUGAAAAGAUGCCCGUUGAAAGCCUGGACAAAGAGUUCCUCAAGAAGUCCAAGGACCCAGAGUCUCAGGUCCUGCAGGACCUUAAGCAGCCAGAAACACAGCAGCAGAGAUCCUCUGUCUUUGCGGUCUUCAAAAAGAUCUGGGUGAUGGCCGCCUGCGUGACCUGCAUCUUUGCCGUGACCCUCUCUGUCUUCCCCGUGAUCACGGUCCAAGUGAAGACAGUCUACAGAGGCUCAGCUGGAUGGGAGAAGGUAUUCACCUGCGUCUGCUGCUUCAUCGUGUUCAACUCCCUGGACCUGGUGGGCCGCAGUGUCCCAUCUCUGGUGCAGUGGCCAUCCAAGGAGAGCCGUCUCUUCCCGGUUGUGGUGUUUUCCCGCAUGCUCUUCAUCCCGCUCCUAAUGGUGUGUAACAUCCCCGACUCCCGGCUUGCCGUCCUGCUCCCCCACGACGGGGCCUUCGUCCUGGUCAUGGUGCUGUUCGCCCUCUCCAAUGGCUACCUGGCCAGCCUCUGCAUGGCCUACGCACCCCAGUUGGUGCGUUCCAGAGACUGUGAGACAGCAGGGGCCCUGAUGACCUUCUUCCUGGCCCUUGGUCUCUCUCUGGGGGCCUCCAUCUCCUUUCUGCUUGGCUCCUUGGUUUAGUAAAGGAUCCGUCUUCUUAAUUUACUUCUACUUUUUAUGUUCAAGUGCAUCAACGUGUGGGCGCUAAAAGAUAAUGCAGCAACAACAAAAAGACGAUCAAAGGUUGAUUGGACUGCUGGUAUUUUGUUUGUGCUUUAAAGCAUGGUGGAGUUCCCUUGUGAAUUCAGUACUGCUGCCUGUUAGUUCUGAUUUUGACUUGAAUUUCAAGAUCAAGUUGUGCACUUCGGUCAUGACACGCAUGGCUGCAUUUUUUACUUUUUCAACAUUUUAUUGGAUAUUUAUGUGAAUUUUGUAUAAUUUCGAUAACGUUUUCUAUUUUAUUUUUUAUACAAUACGUUUGAAGAAUCACUUUUAUUUCGAGAAAAAACAUCAAUAAAAAAAGCUCUAAUUAUUGUUGAACCUUUACUAUAUUAUGAGGC